GCCAAAGAAAAUUAAAGGCCCUCAGAGUUACACCAGAACAACUCUAGAUUCUAAAGCAACCUGAACAGAGGCAGCAAUUCUGUUACAAUAAACCAACUGAUCAGGAAACAAUCCCCUUGGGUCUCGGCGUAGCUGAAGAACUAGUCAUUCUGUGAGUUGUUCAACAUGACUACAGCAAUUUCGGCAAUUGGGUUCAAAGGAGAACUCUGUUCUUCCUUUCAUGGAAGCUGGGGUACUUCCUUGGUGGGUGAAGAUUACAGCACUCUGGCCAGCAAAUCAGUUCCAGCAGUGGUUCGAGUUGCAAAGCCUGUGAGGUUGCAGCCCAUGAUGAAGAACGUCAAUGAAGGGAAGGGUCUCUUCGCACCCAUCGUCGUUCUCACCCGGAAUAUCAUAGGAAAGAAGCGCUUCAACCAGCUUAGAGGCAAAGCCAUUGCCUUACACUCACAGGUCAUUACAGAAUUCUGUAAAUCAAUAGGAGCAGAUGCGAAACAAAGACAAGGGUUGAUUAGAUUGGCAAAGAAGAAUGGAGAACGGCUUGGUUUCCUUGCUUGAGAAAAAUCUACUUUUUUUUAUUUAUUUAUUCAUGGGGGAAAGUGGAAACUGUAAUGCUAUGUAUUGUGUAAGGAACACCAGAUGCAUAUACAUUUCUCGUCUGGGUUUCCCUUCUGCUUCAUGUGAACUUUCAUUUCCCUUCUGAGUCAACCCCCCUCCCCAAGUCUUCUGUUCUCCGUCAAAAUAUAGAAAAUUAUAAGAAAGAUCAUCUUAUGUAGUUGGCUAUAUUCUUUUUGUUUCUGAAAGAAAGACUUCUCUAUCGGUCUGUGUGAAAA